CACUGCACUACCAAAAACAGGGCAACAACAAGUCGCCUCCACGUCAUUAUAAACAACUCUACAAAAUUUACUUCACCAUGUCAAUAUUUGAAAAAUAUGACAAAUGAAACAUGAACCACAAUUCUUUGAUGUGAUUGGGUGUGAACGACUUCACAUCCACUGAAAAUUAGGCCUUUUUGAUUAUGAUUGGACAUUACGAGAUUUACUAAACCAGGCAGGCAUGGGACAAGUACUCUACAGGCUGAGGGAGUUUGAAAAUCAAAACGGGGAAGACGAAAAUCAGCAACUUGCUGUGAAAGAACGAUUUCCUGACCUGACCAACCUCCCACCUGAACUCAGCUACACCAUCCUCUCCUACCUGAAUGCAACAGAUCUAUGUCUGGCCGGAUGUGUUUGGGAUAAUUUAGCCAAGGAUGAUAUCCUGUGGCAAGGGUUAUGUCGAAAUUCUUGGCCAUACACAGCUAUGUACAGAAGGAGAUUUGAACCUGGUUUUUCCUACCGACAGGUCUACCUCCUUUUGGAUGAAGGUGUCGUCCUUUUCAAUUCUUGUCCAAAUGAGGGUAUACAAUAUCUCAUUCGCCAUGGGCUAGUAAUUGAUACACCAGAAGAGAUUGCCCGAUUUUUGCACAAGGCCAAAUAUGUCCAUUGGAAAGCAAAGCGCCAGUACUUAGAGAAUAGGAGAGACAUUGUAGACCACUUGAUAACCCUUCAAAACUUUGAAAACCAGUUUUUGCCAAAUGCUCUACGGAAAUUCUUCAAUGAGGUCCAUGCACCCAACGAGAGAGGCACCUACUUACAUUUUCUUGUCGACAAGUUUUCAGAACGAUUCUGUAGCUGCAAUCCAAGGCUAGGCCUUUCUCCUGAUGCUGUUUAUGUCAUCUGCUUCUCACUAAUAAUGUUGUCCGUCGACCUGUGUAGUCCUCACGUGAAAAACAAGAUGUCGAAACGUGAAUUCAUCCGCAACACACGCCGAGCCACUCAAGGAGUUAACGACGACUUCGCUGGACAUUGUUAUGACAAUAUUUAUCUUAUUGGCCAUGUAGCACCGAAAGUGUAACCCACAAAUUUUGCCAUAGGAUUACAGGUUUUAUUGAAUUAUCAAAGCAGUGAUGAAAUUCUGGAAAACCAUGAAUUGUUGACAAGGUUCUAUUCAUGAGUUCAUUGUUUGCUGGCUGGGGUAGAUUCUUUGUUGUUGAAUCUUAGUUGUAUUGUAGUUUGAAGAUUUUGGAAGCCUUUCUCACUGUGGUGAAAUCACCCUUUGUCAGAAAGCAGUGUAUUAGAUCUAAACGGCAGCAUUUUGAUGGACUUUUGAUAACAUGUCAUAAUAAGGCGGAUCUCAGAAAAAGCCUGAUGCUGAUGUAUUUCAAUGUCAGCCUUUAAAGGGAGAAAUCUAGGCUUGCUGAAUUCUACCUCUUGAUCUGGUCCUGCAUGUCCAGAGGCAGGUGAAGUUUCUUCACUUAUGGUAGAAAUUCAUCAAGUCUCGAUUUGUGAAACGUAGGUGAAAUAAUACUCAUCAUUAAUAGUUAUGUAUCAAAGGAUACUGUCUUAAUGCACAAAUGGUGAAUAUCAUCACACCGUUGAAUAUCAUCACACCAUUACCUCUUAGAAAGAAAUUUACCGGCAAGGGAAUGGUAGCUAAUGUCAGACGCCAAUACGACAUGAAACUGAAGUCUGAACCUACAGUGACUUGCAAAAGCAGAGGCAAUACCUUGCCAGUCAAGUGAAUCAUGUUCUGUUAAAUAUAUUUGUACAUAGUUUGUACAUAUUGUAAAUACCUCCUUUGCUUAAUGAUACUCCGUACACUUUACUAGAGCUUUUACAAGAGUAGGUGUUGUGAACUAUUGAUUGACAUUAUUGAGAGAACUUUGCACAUCUGCUAUGCGACCUUCAUUCAUCUACAAAGACUGCAUUUGUCCAGAUGAAAUACUAUUUGGACAUUUCUAGGGUUGGAAGGUCUGUGCAAACCAAGUAUGCAACCUUAUUGGAUGCCAGCUGUGACAGGUGUUGACGAUCCUAAAGCAAACAUUCUAAUUCUAAUUAAACUCAGACCCAAGUGUUGUCGCGUCUCUGUCACACAGAUGAAAUUCCCUUCACCUAGUGACAGUCGGUGCUACAAAGCACCGACCGUCCAAUUAGAACUUAUGGUUAGUGUGUUGUACAAAAAAUAGUUAUCAUGUCAUUAAAAUGGAGUUUUGCAACUUGUAAAUAGCUUUUCAUGUUUGAUACGCUGUACUAAAUUAUUCUUGAAUAUGUGCUUUUAAGAGCUUUUUUCCUCCACAUGUUUAAUAGCAUGUUGCUCAUUUCUUCUCCGUUCUGUACAUACAUAUAAAGAACUAUAUUUGCGUACAUGUAGAUGUAUUUGACGCUCUUUUGUUCUCCACUGUAUUUCCUGAAAUGCAUGUAGCAGGUAAUAGUAUAAAGAACAUACUAUUUGUUGCUGUGGCUUUUUCUGUGACAUCCUGUUUGCAACAACAGGACUUAUUGUUAGUGGACAAUGCAUCUUUGCUGUGUCCAAUGUGUGCUGUGACUGUUUACAAUUUUAUAUGGCUAAUAUAACAAUUGUUUCAACACUUAAA